UUACAUCCAAAGAGGAAAAUAAAGACGCAGAGCACGAUACCUAAUCUUUAUGUAUUUGGGUUUUGAGCUUCGGUAAGGUUCACCACGACGAUGGAUUCAUCCGAUCCGUAUUACCUAUGAUCGAAUGUAAAAAUUCCAUUAAUCAGGAAGCAAGUUAAAAGUCUAAAAAUGAGUUCUACAAGUGAGAAUGUAGACGACAGGCUUAGCAUGUUGCCCGAAGAGAUUCUUUCACAUAUACUCUCUCUAAUGCCUAUGAAAUUUGCUGUUCAAACUAGCAUUUUAUCGAAAAGAUGGAGGUACAUUUGGAUGUUUGUCACGAAUCUUGACUUUGGAGAAAUUCGGAGCAUGGAUAGUCUACAUAGCUUGACUAUAAUUGUUGAUCGGGCACUGAGGUUUUGUACACCAUCCCAAGUUAAAUUAUUUCGAUUACACUUUCCUUUAAUAUGUGCUCGAGUGUCAAGUGUUUCAAAUUGGAUUGAUGAGUUAGUCAGGUUAAAGAUUAGCGAGCUUGACUUACGGGUUCACCAGCUUCAGCUGCCUCCAACCAUGUUCACUUGCAAGACUCUUACAAAAUUAAGAUUAGAACCUAGUGGCUAUGAUGGUCAGAACGUUUGGGAGUUUAAGUGUCCGGUCAAUCUUCCUUGUCUUAAAACUCUUGACAUGUUUGUUUUUUCUUAUCCGUCUCUCAAUGCAUUUAAACUCAUCAGUGGUUCUCCAAUGCUUGAAAGCUUAUCUCUAGAUGUAAGAGUGCGCGCAGAGGAUGAAGAAGAUUACGUAUUCAAUAUUCCAACUUUGAAACGAUUGACAUUUACAUCGUUCAAAUGUGGAUCAUGGACCCACAAAGUUGUUUUACACCUCCCUAAUCUUGAAUACCUAUGUGUUGAAGAAUUGUGCUCGCUUUUUGUAAUGGAAGACGUGUCGUCUCUGGUUGAGGCAUCUGUUUCAUUAAGAUGCAUGCCAGAUGAUCAUAAUCAUAUAUGGGAUGAGCUUCUAAAGGGAUUAACUGGAGUUAAAUCACUCUCGGUUAAAAAUCUAAGUUGUCUUACUGAGUUCAACUCGUUCACUUCAUCUCCGCCCAUCUUUCCCAUUAUGAAACAUUUGGUGUUGGGUGACAUAGGGCAUUAUGGACAAGUCCUUCAAUAUCUUGAAAGUUCUCCUGAGUUGGAACAAUUGUGCAUUAAAGUUUACCCGUCGCAACAGAAGCCUGAAGAAUAUAUUUGGGUUGAUCCGGAGUUGGUUCCGGCUUGCGUGACCACAAACCUUACAACCAUCAAAAUUUCAAUUUGCAAGUGGUGGAAAUGUGACAUACCGUUCCUAAAAUAUAUGAUCGGGAAUGCAAAGGCGUUGAAGACGAUAGAUAUCACUUGGAAAAAGAUGAGCAUCGAAAAAGAAAAGCUGGUGUGCGCAGAGAUGGUUAAGCUUCUUCCUAAAGCUUCCAGGUAUUGCGAGAUCCAUUUUCAUGAAAACUGAUCUCGUUCUACAAUUAUACAAUGAACAUAUUGAUAUGUAUUAUUAUGCAAUGUGCCUGGACUUGGUCUUCUCUUUUAGAACUAUAAACUGUCUAUGUUGAGUUAAGACUGGUGAUUUGAUGGUUUUAUCAUACUUUCUGUUUCUUGUUA